GGGAAGGAGGAAUUAACGGUUGGAAAAAUUCAGGAUACCGCUGCUAUGGCCGAGUCUCAGUUGAUGUGCAUGGACGAAGAUCACGUCAACGAAAAGAUACCCGAAUCCAAAGCAGAAUUCUACUACAGCGAGGAGCAGCGAGCCGCGCUCGAGCAACUAUUGAAGAACGGUGAUGGCGCGUUCAAGAUGCGACUGAAAGAGGACAACGUCAGAGACUUUCUAUCCGCCCGCGAGAUUAAAUGGAUUCGAAAAACUUUUGAUGAAUAUGAUUCAGAUAGUGAGUCCGAGAAGGGCGAAUACGAAAAGGCUCAGGAGUCCAAUGCGGACUCGGGGGUCCACUCCACAUACUGGCCUCAGAUGUCAGACACGGAUGUCCCGCCGCUUGACAUCGGCUGGCCAGGCAGCACUGGUUUCUAUAAAGGUGUCACUCGAGUGUCCGUUCACACGCACCCACCCAAAGACAAGGGGCCCCAUAUAAAAGAGGUUGUCAGGAGACUCAUUCAAGAAUCUAACAAGGUAAUUCCAGCUCUAAUAGAAAUGAAUAACGGCAUAUUACACGUGAAUAACAUAUGUUUACAUAAUUUCCUCUCUGCCCUAAAUGAUUGAGGGAUGCCCUCACAUUGUUCUCCCUCUCAUAAUUUCUAGCUCAGAACAAAUUAUUUUGAAUCCUGAGUCAGCAUGACCUGAGUCAUGCAUUUGUGUUUUUCAUCUUGACAAAGAUUAUGAAAUGGCUUCUGUUAAUUUAAUGUAAACUUCUCAACACUACAGAGAAUAGUUAGUGUCAAUUCUAGUAGCCUAUUUAUCAGGCCUGAAUUUGUCAGUGUAGUUACUACAGUAGCUACAUAGGCCUUGUGACAACAAACUCCUGUUUUUGACAUGAGGUUUUAUUACCUGCUUGGCUACUUCUCACACAAUUCAAGGGGAACGUGUCUAAUUGUUCUUCAUUGAUCUACAGUGCCUUCAGAAAGUAUUCACACCCCUUGACUUUUUCCUCAUUUUGUUUUGUUACAGCCUGAAUUGACUACCUCAUCUCUAUACUCCACACAUACACUUAUCUGUCGAGCAGUGAAUUUCAAACACAGAUUCAACCACAAAGAUCAGGGAAGUUUUCCAAUGCCUCGCAAAGAAGGGCACAUAUUGGUAAAUGGAUAAAAACAAAAACAAACAAAAAACAGACAUUGAAUAUCCCUUUGAGCAUGGUGAAAUUAUUAAUGACACCUUGGAUGGUGUAUCAAUCCACCCACUCACUACAAAGAUACAGGCGACCUUCCUAACUCAGUUGCCGGAGAGGAAGGAAACCUCUCAAGGAUUUUACCAUGAGGCCAAUGGUGACAUUAAAAUUGUUACAGAGUUUAAUAGGAGAAAACUGAGGAUGGAUCAACAACAUUGUAGUACUCCACAAUACUAACCUAAAUGACAGAGUGAAAAUAAUAAAAAUAUUCAAAAAAAUGCAUCCGGUUUGCAAUAAGGCACUAAGGGAAACUUUCUGAAGACACUGUACUUGGCCAGGCUUUGUGCUACUGUACAGUUUUGCAGUCAUUUGAAAUCAACAAGAGAUGUGUGUCCUUAAGGCUUAGGGCCUGGCCAAAUGUAAUUAUUGCGCUCAUUCAUUGCUCAUCUGAGAAGUCUUACUUGAGGAGUCUUAUUGUAAAAUGAACCAAGGAGAUUAGCAACAAUGUACAACAAAUCGUCUUCUUUUUUGAUUGGAUUAUGAAAUGAAGCGAUUACAUAAUUGACCAUUGUUGAUUAUUGACUAUCGAUUUAUGUUAUGUUGUUAUUAUCAUAGAUAUAGAACACUGAUAUGGGCAUCUCAAUCAUCAUCAUUUUCCCCCUUCAUCACGUCAUCACAUUCUACAAUGAAUUAUCAACAGUUAACAGAAGUUGUGAAAUGAAUGUUCAUAGUAGAGCUCUAACUGAAUGGAACAACACAUGCAGUAGAUAGGCAUGUUGUAACAGGCUAAGCCACAUGUGGAGGAGCUGGAAAGACCAAACAUUUCACAGUUCUAAAUGUCAGCCAGUUUCACACCAGAACCUGUAAGAAGUCAUUCAAAAGCGUUUCCCCAGUCAUACUGCCUGGGGCUAAAUGUCAGGAGGAAGAACGCUCCUAACUCUGGGGUUAAGCAUGGCACAGGAGGACAUGGCUAUAGGGCAAGGAGAUAAGCAUGCAAACCUGAGCUAAAACACUGUGGGUGUAAGUAGCCCAAAUCCAGAUAAGAGACUUGAGUGUUUGACCAGGUUACAGUUAACUUCUCUGGAAUACUAGAAUAAUACAUACUCACUUAACGUUCACAUUUUAUCUCCAAUUCAUAAAAAUCAGGUUUCUGGCUCUUAAAGGAUUUUUUUUACAUUAGUUCACUGUUGACACGGUCCCAAAAUCUUUUGCAUGCCAGCAGUAACGUUUUCAAAAUAUUGGACUUUCAUGAAGCAAAGUGUCACUUGCCACAUCAUCAUGAUGAUGCAAAACAUUUUGUGACUGUAUCAACAGUGGACUAAUUAAAAAAUACCAAAAUAUAGUUUUUGAGUGGAUUUUUUCACCGCAAACAAUCCAAAUGAGGGGUCAUAGGUUAAUGAUUUACUGACAGGGAAGACAAAGCCGUGACCAGCUGUUCUGUGUGCAUAUGACUAGGUAUGUCAAUGAACUAAACAAGCUGAAAUCAUGACAGGCCAUCAUUGUAAAUGAGAAUAUGUUCUUAAUUGACCUGCCUGGUAAAAUAAAGGUAAAAUAAAUAGAAAAUAAAUGACGAACCAGGAAAUGACUCUAGCUUAACUAUAACAAGGCCUUCACUGUCCAAUACUUUAUCACCACUCCUUUACCACUGUCAGCAUAAGGCAGAGAGCGUUAGACUGCCCUAUCCUAGUGUGGUAGAGGACUUGGUCAUAGUAAUGCACCAGUGCUCACAUUUCUUCACAUGCAAAGUCUGUUUUCCAGAAGACAACCAGUUCUGUUUUUGCCUAAACUAAUGCCAUUCAAGGAUUCCAGGAUUUAAAUUCCAAUAACUGUGUGUGUCUGUGUGUGUCUGUGUGUGGUUGUGUGUCUUUGUGUGUGUGUCUGUGUGUGGUUGUGUGUGUGUGUCUGUGUGUGUGUGUGUGUGUGUGUGUGUGUGUGUGUCUGUGUGUGGUUGUGUGUCUGUGUCUGUGUGUGUUGUGUAUGUUUGUGUGUGCGCACGCGUGUGUGUGGUGUCGGGGUUAUUUAUUGAAUUUACACUUCUGCCUUUCCUCUGUCCUCUCUAACUUGAUCUUUGGAAAUGUCAACUAGUCUCUAAUGUCUUGUAUUAUUACUCAGAUGUAUCAGUCACCUUCUCAAGCCUCUCAAAUAUGUUAACACACUUCUGUUUGUCUUGAAGUGGAACAUUACUCAGAAUAAAUUAAAUCUUGACAUUUCAUCUCAACUCAUUUUUCCAGUUAAUUAGGGAGAUUCUAAUCUUACUUGAGCAAUUGAAACACAAAUCUCCUGCUUUAAGUCCUUCAAAUCCCCCGUCUUCAUGAUGAGGCAUGUGACAACACAAGAGCUGGGGCUAGAGAAGAAUAAAUGAAAUAUGUGCCAUCAGGCACAGAAGUCAGUGUCUUUCUGUGACUGCAUUUAUCGGCAGUAAUUCAAAACUAGAAAGAAUGGGAAGGGUAAAGGGGACAUUUGCAGAAACAUUGAGUUAAAUAGAUCCUGUUCAUGUGCUUUCACCUUCUGAAGAUGUUUCAGAGAUAUCAUCCCCCUCUCUUCUUCCUCUAAUGUUCCUAUGUGUGAUCCUCAGGUAGUAGCCGUGGUCAUGGACCUCCUUACAGACCUGCAGAUCCUUCAGGACCUAUUGGACGCAGCACAGAGACGAGGGGUGGCGGUGUACAUCAUACUGGAGGCUCGUGGUAUGCCCCAUUUCCUGGAUAUGUGCACUCGUUUACAGAUCACUGCUCUGCAUCUACGGGUAAGACAGGGAUGCUUUGGCAGGCAGUAGGCAACAAACAAACAGGAACAAGUAAUAGUUAGCUAUGGUAUUACCAUGUCAUUACCAGGUAAAUAGCAGAGUAUCAUGUAAAAUGAAAGUGUAGGCACAACUUCCUGGCAGUAAAAAGCAGAAUAUUCCUCUGGCCUAUUCUUUAUUAUCAUCCAUAUUGACACACUGUCUAUACUGGUGUAGGAUCUUAAUUUGAGCCAGUUUGCUACAGCAGGAAAAUAAUCCUGCAGUAACAGGAAAUGGGAAUUAUUAUGUGGAUUAUAAUUCAUGGACAUUUUUGUAGGGGUUGAUACAUUUUUCAUAAGGGAAAAUCAAGUCUGACAUUUCAAAGUGAAAAUUACAAGCUUCAGAAGCCUCUUUAAACCUCAAAUACACUACAAGUUAAAAAUGUCCUGCAAUGCAGGAAAGUUAUCCUGCAACAGGGUGAUCAAAUUAAGAUCCUAUGUUUAUCUAUGUAGGCUAAAGCUUGUGCAGUAGAUCUAGCCUAUUUUAUAUGGAAUACUGGAAAACCUAGUGUGUGUGUGUGGUGUCAGUUGAUAAGCCUCUGAAAGGCCCUUCCAGUGUUGAGGCUCUGUUAUUGUUGUUUCAUAGAAGCUGCUGUUCAGUGAGCCGUAAACAAUCCAGUCCUGUGGAACUUGAUCCUUGACCAAACAAGUGUUAACAGCAUAGGGUAGCAUCCUUCUGACAUGUCUGUUUAUGUGUUUAUGUCUCGGCCUGUCUUUUUCACUCUCAAACUCACUCCCAUUCCUUGCUCAGUAAAUAGACUGUAUACUCAAGGGGUUUAACUCAACCCUUGCAUCACCAGUUUUGGAUUUGCUUCCCUUGAAAGUUGACUUUGGUCGUGGGUGGUAACAGCACAAGUGUUUGAUAUGAUACUGUUCAGUACUUGGAAGUCUGAUAGUCACUGACUCAUGGUUCAUACUGUAAUAAGGUCACCUGUCUAACUCUGUAUCUGUGUGACUCUUUCAGAACCUGCGUGUGCGGACGGUGAAAGGUUCUGGGCUGGCCCUGUCCUUUGGCAGGCUGCCUGGCUCUCUGUGCUCCAAAUACAUGCUGGUGGAUGGAGAAAAGGUUAUGUUUGGCUCUUACAGGUCAGUCAUUUUCUCAGUCAUACACUUCCACUCACAUUCACUCAGCCAGAGCAAACAUGAUUUGACCUACUCUUUGAGCUUUGAGUCUGAGUCUCAUUCUCUUGUUCUGUCAUCUCCAGCUUCACAUGGAGCUCCUCUCGGAUGGACAGGAACACCAUCACAGUAAUGUCUGGGCAGGUGGUGGACUUCUUCGACAAUGACUUCAGGGAAAUGUAUGCUGUAUCUGAGAACGUGGACCUUUACAAGGAGUUCCACAUUAGCAAGCCUCCCAUGCCUGCGCCGGUACGGAAGGUGGUGGAGGUCCCCAAGCCCCUGUUGGUGUCCACCUCCCGUUUCCAGGUGUCUCUAGGGGACUCUCGGGGGCAGGCUGACCAGAGGGUGCCUGCGCAUAAAUACCACAACCCUAAGUAUUCUCUGGUGGUGGGGAACAGUCUGGGGCUCACUGGGUCCUUACAGGACCUCUCCACACGCAGAGACUCUCUGGGCAGUGGCCUCGAACAGAACGGCCUGUCGACGCUACUCCACGCCAAAGGGGGCAGUAGUGUUGAACUGAACAAGGUCACUGCGAAGUCCCCCAGUUUUCCUGUGGAGGAGGAGGAGGGGAAGGGAGGCUUGAAGAAGCUCCAGGCCUUUGGUGGAAAGAAACAACGUAGUUCUUUCAGGCUCUUCCUGAAAGGCAGAGGAUCCAAUCACAACAGUGAGACUAUAGAGGAGGAUGUGGCCACUCCUCCAAACCCCUCCUCCACCCGCCCAAACCCCUCCCCUACCCACUCAACCCCCUCCCCUCCCCGCCCAAACCCCUCCCCUACCCACUUAACCUCCUACCCUACCUGCCCAAACCCCUCCCCUACCCACUUAACCCCCAACCCUACCCGCCCAAACCCCUCCCCUACCCACUCAACCCCCUCCCAUACCCGCCUAAACCCCUCCUCUACCCGCAAAGUCUCAGAGACAAAUAGCACUGCCACUGAGGACUCAUUUGAGAUUGUAGAGAAACCGUCCUUGUUGAAAUUUAAGAACAAAAAGCCUUCAAAACUGCCUCAAAGAAGUAUGUCUCUAAUGACCCUCAACAAAGGAGAGGACGAUGGUAUGUUGUUAUAUUCUACCAUUUGUGGUUUUCAUUUGUCUUUGAAUAUUAACUGCAAUAGUCCCUCACAUGGAGUUGUUGUUUGAUGGCUCAUCCCUUCUUUUCUCCAUUCCCUCUAGGAAAGGGACACAAGAAGCCUUCGAAGAAGAACUGCAUUCAGUCCUGA